GCAGCUGGAACUCAAUAGAAAGAAGUGACCUUCAUGAUGAACACAAACAUGGUUUUAUAAAAACACCGCAAAGCCACUGUCAGUUCUCAGCCCUUCAAGGCUCCAUGGGACUCUACUGGAGCUAAGAUAUUGGUAGCAGGCAGCUGGUGAACUGCACACUGUAAAUUGUGUAGGAAGAUGAAUGCCAUAAAAUGUGUUCUGGUGGGUGAUUCUGCCGUUGGGAAGACAGCACUUCUUGUGCGCUUCACCGCUGAGACAUUUCCAGACUCCUACAGGCCAACAGUCUAUGAGAAUACAGGGGUGGAUGUUUUCAUGGAUGGAAACCCGAUCAGUCUUGGCCUUUGGGACACAUCAGGCAAUGAUGCCUUUAAGAGCAUCCGCCCCAUUUCAUUACAGCACGCAGACAUUGUCUUACUCUGUUUCUCUGUAGCCAACCAUACCUCAUUUCUGAACAUUAGGCAGAAGUGGAUCGCUGAGGUCAAGCAACAUCUACCACAUAUCCCUGUGCUGGUUGUGGCCACUCAGACGGAUCAGAGGGAAUCAAAUUUCAUGCGUGUCCCCUGCAUCAGCCCUGAAGAUGGUAAGCAGUUAGCACAAGAUGUUCGAGCCAAAGGAUAUUUAGAGUGCUCAGCUCUUAGCAAUAGAGGAGUGCAACAAGUGUUCGAAUGUGCUGUGCGGACUGCAGUCAACCAGGCCAUGAAAAGAGCACGACGGAAACGAUUUUCUGUCAAUGAGUGCAAAAUUAUCUGAGUUCCUUGUGACAGGAUACAUUUCCUCUGCUGUGUACUGUAUAUAGCAACAUAUAAAAUGCCACCUGCGCUGCCCGUCCUAAGCAGCGUACACAUGAUGUUGUUAAUUCUGGAACUUCUCGAUCUUACAAGUA